UCAAUUGAGCCAAAUACACAUCCACACCGCCGCCUGUUCUAAGCGAGGCUGUCCUUGUGCUAUGGGAAGCCAUGCCGCUCGUCCUCAGUGCCUCGUCUGUCUGUGACGUCUGCCUAGAGGGAUAUACGUGCGAAACUCCCGAAGACUGCCCUCACGCGAUAUCCUGUGGUCAUAUCUUUUGUUUAAGAUGUCUUCUUAGCAUCGGCCCUCCUGGAAGUCCAACGUGUCCACUCUGUCGCAAAAGAUACGCGAUGAACGCAGUCAAGAAAUUGCACGUAGACCCUCCCAGCGCGCUGGAUCCCGAAGUCGACUUUCUACGACGCGUCGCUUUCGCUUUCGACGGCCAACAGCAUGAGAGGGAGAGCCUAGUAAGACGAAUAGAGCCGUGGUUAGAGGAAAACAGUGAAACAGAUCACUCGGCCCUGAGACAUGCAUUGAAUGCGCUGAACUUGUUAUCUGCUUUGAAAGAUCGCACACAGGAAGAUGGUGUGAGAGUUAACGAGUUGGAGGGGGAAUUGGGUAACUUGAGGCAGAUCAACGCUGAUGAACGAGAUCGUUUCGAUGGCCUUGAAUCCGGUUAUCUUGCUCGUAUACAAGAACUUGACAACGAGGUAUUAGAACUGAAAGGCCUCAUCAAACCACUACGCAAGCAGCUCAAGCAAUUCAAGCACAGUUCUGCCAAUCCACUGCCGGCCCCUCCGGAGCCGGUCCCGCUGGAUCGAUUCCCGUCGUUUGCGCGGCCGGUUGCUGAAUCUGCCGAAGGAUUUGCUUCGUACUUUACGCCAGGAACUGGCGCGCCCACAUUGUUCCCUGAAAUGCGCUCCGAAAAAUCCAGAGGCAAGCGGCGCGCCACGGAACAGCAUGCGAUGCCUUCGACAGGCAGCAUCUUUCUUGCAGGCGCACCACCCAGUCAGCGUGUCAUUCCUCCCGGGCCCGAAAGUGGAACGAUGUACAAUGAUGAAGCUCCAGCUGCAGCUUACGUUUCUGGCUACUCCAAUGGUUAUAGUCAAGGUCUCUCGUAUGGGAACGGCGGCCAGCCUGAACCCAUCUAUCCACCCCCAUCGUCAGUUGGUCCCCGGUACAAUUCACCUCUAGAAGACUCCAUUAGCGCCCUGCGUCUGUCUGCCCCGAUCGCAUCUGCAGCUAUCGCUAUGCCAAAUCCUCCGCCAGCGAGUUCAGACCCCAUUCCUUUGACUCGGUGGAUAGCCAACUGCCUUAUUUAUGCUCCAGCUGUCUCGUCCCGCGAAACGUCGACUGAAGUUCCUCCUCGAGCUAUGGUAUCUCCGCCCACUGCUCAUCAAGUCGCCGCACGUCGGAUGGCGCAUCAGCGAGACUCGUCACAUCGCCAGAGUCUGUCGUCCUGGGGAACCGUGCAUUCUGAUCCGAACUCGCCCGCCGCCUCGAAUCAUAGCAUGGGUGGAUUGGGACUGCGCAAUUUCCCACUGAGUGGGUUCGCAUCUGUCGCACCUGUUUCCCCAGGGGACAUUCCCGUUCGCGCGGAUGGACUUCUUGGCUUCACUAGUGCCACACCAGUGUCCCACACACCAACUGCCGUUUCCACUCCAACACAGCGCCCCGUCACGUAUCUCAGCCCACACGGCCCGCUAACGCGCUUGGACUCGACCUUGGAAAUGAGGCAACAGUCGCGCCUCGUAUCAAUGCUCCCGCACCUCGGACUCAGCUCACGCACCAUAUGCGGUCAUGGCUCGAACAUGAUGUCUAGAUAG